AAUGAAUAAGAAUGCGUCAUUAAACAUUUAACAUUAUUUGUUAAAAGAGAUAUGGUUUGAAAACGUUUAAAAUGUAUCGUAAAUUGUGUUUUCCAAAAUUGCUUUACAACAAAAUGUGACGUCUAAGCCUUUUUGUAAUUCCUGAACACAUUUAAAUUUUUAUGAAUUUCAGACAAACAAUGGAAAUGUUAAAAUUGAUUGGCUAAAACUGAUUAUUAUUCAAGUUAAAAUGGAUAGUUUUCUAGAUAUACCAUGGAAACUGACCCGAAUGAGCCAUAUUGUGGAGAAACUGGUAACUACCUACUGCCAUCGGAUACAACGAUUCAGACUAUCUAUACUCAUACAAAAAGACUUUAGAAUUAACAAACAUGUCAAUUUUGGGACCAUUGCUCAUUUCUAUUAGCAGCAAUACGGAGCAUAUUCUAGUUUUUGUGGUUAUAUUUCUUUUAACACUUUGGAUUUCGCAACCAAGGAGACCCUGGAUUCUUCCAAAUGGGCCUUUUGCGUGGCCGAUCAUUGGGAAUCUUAUCAGGAUGAUGCCCAUUGAAGGAGAUAAUAGUGGAGCAAAGCGUCUAUUAGCAAUUUCAAAGAAAUAUGGAUCUAACAUUAUCAGCUUCAAAAUUGGUUCAAAACAAGCUAUCGUUCUUAACAAGUUUGUGGAUCUGAAAGAGGCAUAUUGUAAAGAUGAAUUUGCAUUCGGGAAUCCAGAAGGACCCUUUCGUAUUCUGUUUCCCGGUAUAGCUGGAAGUGAUGGAGCACAAUCGAAAGAGCAAAGACGAUUCGCCGUCUCGACAUUGCGGGAUUUCGGCCUCGGCAAGAACAGAUCACAGGAAAUUAUCCAAGAAGAAUUGCAGAGAGUGAUAGAAAAAAUGACUGAAAGCAGAGGACGACCAUUUAAUCCCCGUUCUUUGAUUUGCUGCAUGGUUUCAAAUAUCAUGUGUUCUUUAAUCUUUGGACGUCGUUUUGACUACGAUGACAAAACAUUCAAACGCGUUCUUUUCUGUGCAGAUGAAAUCGUGAAUGAGGCUCUUAGAUAUAUGACUUUGGGUUACCUGCUCCCACCAUGGAUCAGAGAUAAUCUUCCCGGUGACAUCUUCAGAAUUAAGUAUGGGAAGUCUCUACACGCCGAGUUGAGAGAUUUUCUUUUGAGAAUAUACAGAGAGCACGUUGCUAUGCACAACGAUGGUGAGAGCCGGGACUACAUGGAUGCGUUCAUAAAGGAAAUGAAAGAUCGCAAGCUAAUCGACAAUAAACAUUGGUUCACAGAAUCCUUCAACCCUCUUAGGUUUAUUGGAAAAUAUGGAAAAGUGAUAAAACAUGAUCACAUGAUACCAUUUUCAAUAGGUAAACGUAAAUGUCCUGGCGAAUCAUUGGCAAGAAUGGAGGUUUUCUUGAUCUUUGCUGGCAUCAUGCAGAAGUUCAGAAUUGAGAUACCACCAGGAGGAGAAGCUGCAUUGAAGAUUGAAUUUGGCAACGGGCUUGAUGCCCCUGUGGAAUCUGAUCUUUGUUUCAUUAGAGAUUAAAUGCUCACAUUUGAGUUGACUAUUAUAUUCGAAUUGACUGAUAUAUUUGAGUUAUCGAUAUAUUUGAAUUCCAAUAUAUAAGCGUUGUCUUAUAGUAGGUCGUUGCCAUAGGGUAUAUUCUUAGGGAAAUAUAGAUAUCUCAUCGAGUUAUGCGUAGCGUAUCGUGUUCUUAAUCUCUCUAGAUCUGACGAAAGAUACAAUCCAAUAACGCUGAUGCGAGUAGGUGGUUACUAGUUUCACCACCAGGUGGCUCAUUCGGGUCAGAAAGCACAGCAGGUAUAGUAUAAAGUCCCAUAAGAUUUAAAUUACAUCUGUUUUAAUGGUUAAAUUUUCAUAUAACCCUUAUAGACGAUUAGGGAU